AUGACCAUUUUCAAAGAAAGAGUUUCUCUUUCAAGGACAUCCGGCCGCAGUGACCAAAAGCCACUGACCCCGGAAUGCCGGCCCCCGGGAGAGGGGGUGUCAGGAAGGCCCCCUCCCUGCCAGAUGGGCCUUGGGUCUGAGUCCCAGGGGUGGGGCUGCGCGGGAGGUUAUAAAACGGCUGCAGGGGGGAUGGAAGCUUCGCUUUCUCUUUGGAGAAGCUUCCUGCAGCGCAAACAGGAAAAUCACGGGAACGUGCAGAGUUGGGGACACAGGCCUCGGAUGGGGACACCUCGGGCCUUCUGCACCGGAGCUAGGAAGGCUGCUUCUCCCACACGGGACUUCCGUCUGCAUUUAAGGCACCUCGGUCCUGAGAGAGCUGCGUUCCCCAUGGUCCUCCUGUGGCUCACGCUGCUGCUGAUGCCCGGGCCCGGCCUCCUGCAAACCAACCAGAUGACAAAGCCCGCCAUCAGGAACUUAAGGGUGGAAGCCACAACUCAGACGUUGACAUGGGAUGUGGAUGGGAAUGUGACCGGUAUUCAGUGCCAGAAAGGUCCAGACUAUGGAAUACAUGCGAUGAGUGAUCGCUACUGCCAGUUCGAAGCCAUUUCCUUCUGUGAGGUGACCAACUACAGCGUCACGGCCGCCAGCCCGCCCUUCUCGGCCUGGAUCCUCUUCCCGGAGGCCGGUGGGAAUCCGCAGGCAGCCGCGCAGAACCUGACGUGCUGGCCUAGCGCCACUCCCCACGGCCGGCUGGCCACAAAAUACCCCUAUUUCCAGAGGCGGAAUCCGACCGAGUGGGGUCGGUUGCUGCGGGAAUACUACACAGGCCUCGCGAGGAUGUCCAUGACACAGUGGCCAAUGUCGCGCACCCCACGGGGGAGUGUGGCUCAGGAACGCUUACGGCAGAGGAG